CAAAGACCCCUCCCAUUCCCGGGUGUCGUCUGAAUGCUGCCUGGUCGGGACGCUGGUAGCGGCGUUUGCAGAAGGGGCUGAGAUCGAUCCUGCUCUCUCUCCCUCCGGACUUUUCUGAGGGUAAAAGAUUGUGAUCAAAGAUUCACCUGCAGGACAACUAUCAACAGGCAGUAGAAACAUAGGACAAGGCAGCAGCCGCCAGAAAGGAUGGAGCCUGGGAAACUCUUGGAUGCCCCGCCAGACACAAGGAGCGCUUUGAAAAACCACAAAAAAACACACGUAUGUUCAGAGUGUGGGAAAUCUUUUUCCGGGCAAUCCCUCCUUUUGACCCACAGUAAGAUCCAUGUGGGAAUUGGAUCUAGUCAAGGUCUGGAGAGUGAGAAAUUCUUUUCUGGGAAAAACUGCAAAGAUCUCGGAAGCCCCUCCAGACUAAAACCCUAUAAAUGUGAUGAAUACGACUUGUGCUUUGAUCAAAAGUCACACCUUUCUACACAUCAGAAAAUCCACACCGGAGAGAAACCUUAUCAAUGUCUGGAAUGCGGGACAUUUUUCCGUGAAAAAGCCACUCUCAGAAAGCACGAGAGGACUCACACAGGGGAGAAACCUUACAGCUGUGGACACUGUGGGAAGAGCUUUUCCCAGAAUUCCGGUCUUUGGCAGCAUGAGCAGAUCCAUGUAGGAAUCAAACCUCACAAAUGCUUGGAGUGUGGAAAAUGUUUCACUAUGAGUUCAGGUCUUCAGAGACAUGAGAAAACACACACAGGGGAGAAAAACGAAAAGUGCCUCGAAUGCGGGAAAUGUUUUACCUUGAAAUCAAACCUGCUGAAACAUCAGAGACUCCACACCGGAAUGAGACCCUAUGGAUGCUCAGAAUGUGAGAAACGGUUUCUAACUUCUUCUGAUCUUCGGACACACCAAAUAGGGCACCAAGACGAGAAACCGUAUAAAUGUGGGGAGUGUGGGAAAGGUUUUCUUGAACGAAGGAAGCUUCAGAGGCAUGAGAGUAUCCACACAGGGGAGAAGCCAUUCAAAUGUGUGGAGUGUGGGAGAUGCUUUUCCGAAAAAUACAACCUUACCAGACAUCAGAGGGUCCACACAGGAGAGAAGCCAUACAGAUGCGGAGAAUGUGGAAAAUGUUUUGCUCAAAAGGGAUACCUGUGGAUUCAUUAUAAAACCCACACAGUGGAGAAGCCCUUUCAGUGCAUUGAGUGUGGACAGUUUUAUCGUACCGCAUCAACCCUUAGAAAACAUGCAAAACUGCACACGGAGAACAAAAUUUCAAAUGUUAUAGAGUGUGGGAGAACAUUUGCUGAUUCAUCUUCCCUUAGAAGUCACAGCCAAAUCCAUACAAGGGAGGAGCCCUAGUCACAUAACCUUAAAUUUAAGCAUAAUUUUCAAGAAGAACCUAGUUGUUUUGAGGGGGAUUUAAGCUAAAUGGAAAGGGGGGGUUAUAUAUUUAUGUUGUUAGCUAUUUUUGUCCAUUGGAUCUGGAUCUUUGUUGAUCAACAGGAGAGCUGAAGAUUUAAAGAUAAGUUGGUAAAAAAUUAGAUCAGAUAUACCGUGUUUCCCUGAAAAUAAGACAGGGCCUUAUUUUCUUUUGAACCCAGAAAUAAGCGUUUGGCCUUAUUAUCGGGGAGCGCUGGUGUCUUAUUAUUUUGGGGGGCGCAGGAGGCGGCGAGUGUGAGACUGGAUGUCCCAUCGCUGCCAUCGCCUCCCCUCCCUGUUCUUCGUGCUGGCCGAGCGGCCGUCCGUCACUGCCCUGACAUGUCCUGCUGCCGCGUUGUGGAGCAGGACUCUGCAGGGCUUGUUGUGCCGUUGCAUGCAUGAACUGCAGCACUGCUGCAAGCUUCAUCAUACCGGCACAGCUGGCGUCCUGCUGCUUGCGGCUGCGCUGGUAUGUCGAACCUCACGGCAGUGCUGCGGUCCGUGCAUGCAGUGGCAUAAGUCUUGCAGAGUCCUGCUCCACAAGGCGGUGGCGCUGCCAUGACGAUCUCACAAUAGUGGGGGCGGGGGAGAAGCGAAACGUGGCUCCCCUUGCCGUCUCUUCUCCCCCCCCUUCCUCGCCGUGCAUGGCAGGGCUCCUGCCCCUUGCUUAGCCACCCGUCCCCUUUAGGGAUGCAAUUUGGGGGUGGCAGGUGGGACGGGCAAGAAGCGGGACGAGCGUCUUACCUUUCCAGCUCCGACGCGUUCCUCACCGUUGUGUCCAGGGAAACACGUUGUAAAAAAAAAAAAAUCUCAUGAGUUCAAUAAUUUUUUUCUUUUAUCAUUGAUCCUGGGGGUGUGGUGGUUGGGAUUUGGCAUUUGGUUUCUCUGUGUGUGUGGGAAAUGGAUCUCCCUCCCUCCCUCCCUCCUUCUCAUUUCUGUUUCUCUUUUUCCUUUCCCUCUUCCUUCCUUUUUCUUUCUUUCUUUUCUUUCCUUUCUCUCUCCCCAUUUUCUCUCUCAUUUUUGCUGGAGGCAGUAAGGAGUGGGGCACAAAGUGCAUCACUGACCUGCCACUGUUUGUGGUGGCCAUCAGCGUUACUGGUUACCGGGCGCAAAGCACGUUGCUGGCCUGCCGCUCUUUUUGUGGCGGCCAUCAGCGUUACCGGUAAAGAGUGCGGUGUGAGACGCGAAGCGCAUUGCUGGUGUGCCGCUCUUUUUGCAGCGGCCAUCAGCGUUAUCUGUUACCGGGCUCAAGGCCUGCUGCUUUUUUGGCGGCUGCCAUCAGUGUUUCCGAUAGGUACGGUAAGAGCGUGUGGGGUUCUUGGGGCUUAUUCCCCCCCUAUCCUCCCCUCCGGCCUUGUCUCACCUCGUGUUGUUUGUGCGGCAAGGAACCAGAAGAAAUGGUAAGACCGGCUGCGCUUGCGUGUAAAUAAUUGGGGGGCUUAUUUUGGGUGGGGGAGCUUAUUUUAUCGCAUGUGCUGAAAAGCCCGAUUGGGCUUAUUAUCUGGGGAUGUCUUAUUUUCGGGGAAACCUGGUACAAUGAAGAUGCUUCUGUUGGUAAUUGGAGUGACAGUGAUAAAUCAGACACUCAGGAUUAAUUGGAGCGCAGGAAUUUUGCAAUACUCACAGGUUGUGAGAUGUGUUAACUUCGAAUUAUGUAAUAUUCAGUUUCUUCUUUACUGUGAUAGUUCAUUAUUCAUUAUUCAUGUUGCAUUAAAUUGCCCCAUAUUACGACUUUUCUUCCCGCUCUUGUUUAAGUGAACCAUGGAAAUUAAGUUAGUAACCCAGUUCAGUGAAUCCGGCUUCCCCGUUGACUUUGCUUGUGAGAAGGUCGCAAAAAGGGAUCUCGUGACCCAAAGACUGCAACUGUGACAAAACGUGACGAAAUAGUUGCCAAACAUUUGAAUUUUGAUCAUGCGACCAUGGAGGUGCUGCAGUUGUUGCAAGUGUGAAAACGGUCGUAAGUCACAUUUUUCAGGGCCCUUGUAACUUGUAAUGAACGGACUAUUGUAAGUUGAGGACUACCUGUAUAAAUUGAAUGGGAUAUUUUUGUGGGAUUCAUGAACCUCACUAAGUGAGACCUAACUUAACUUCUCCCUUGCCCUGAUCUGUGGUUAAUUCUCUUCUCUUGCGUCCUCCAUGAAGUGGCAUCUCAUCCCCAGCCCAUGACAACGUUGCAUGAAUUGGUAUCUCCAGAGGUUCUCAUCAAAAAGGAGAAAAUCCAGUGUUUUGUGUGUGAGAAAACUUUCAGCUAUAAAUCGAAUCUUAAAAGUCAGUGGAAACUCCACAGUGGAGAUAUACCCUUUCAGUGCUAAUGUCAACCUUCCCAACUCGGUCAUCCAGCAAAGAAAAAGACUUCUGGCCCAUUGUUCAGGCAAAAUUAAACAUUACUAAAGCCGAAGUCAUUACAAAAGUGAAGCUGGAUCUGGUAUUUUCGCGCACAAUUAACUUUCUCUUCUCCCAGGACAUUUCUCCUGUGACCGGUUAAUGCCUAAUUGAGUGCUUGUAUAUUGUUUGGAUAACAGAUACUCAGUUCAGCGUCAUGAUGGCGCAGUGGUUACAAGGCAGUAUUGCAGGCUAACGCUGCCUAUAGCCAGGAGUUCGAAUCCCUGACUGGCUCAAGAUUGUCUCAGCUUUCCAUCCUUCUGAGAUUUUGGAAGGAAAAUCUAUCUGGUUCAGUUUCACAGCAGGAGAAAGAAGGCAGAAAUAAAAUGGACUCUGGAGGCUGAUUGAAAAGAAGAUCCAUUUAUUGAGGGUAAAAGAUUGUGAUCAAAGAUUUACCUGCAAGACAACUAUCAACAGGCAGUAGAAACAUAGGACAAGGCAGAAGCCGCCAGAAAGGAUGGAGCCUGGGAUACCCUUGGAUGCCCCAUCGGACACAAGGAGCACUUUGAAAAACCACAAAAAGACACACAAAUGCUCAGAGUGUGGGAAAUCCUUUGCUGGCCGCUCCCUCCUUUUGACCCACAGGAAGAUCCAUGUGGGGAGUGGAUCCAGUCAAGGUUUAGAGGGUGAGAAAUUUUUCUCUGGGAAAAACUCCAAAGAUCUAGGUAGCCCGUCCAGACUAAAACCUUAUAAAUGUGAUGAAUGUGACUUAGGCUUUGGUCAAAAGUCGCACCUUCUUACGCAUCAGAAAAUCCACACCGGAGAGAAACCUUAUCAAUGUCUGGAAUGCGGGACAUUUUUCCGUGAAAAAGCCACUCUCAGAAAGCACGAGAGGACUCACACAGGGGAGAAACCUUACAAGUGUUCGGAAUGUGGGAAGAGCUUUUCUCAUAAAGCAAAUCUUUGUGUCCAUGAGCUGAUUCAUGCAGGAAUCAAACCUCACAAAUGCUUGGAGUGUGGAAAAUGUUUCACACAGAUUCCAUCUCUCCGGAGUCAUGAGAAAACACACAGAGGAGAGAAAAACGAAAAGUGCCUUGAAUGCGGGAAAUGUUUUACCUUGAAAUCAAACCUGCUGAAACAUCAGAGACUCCAUACUGGAAUGAGACCCUAUGGAUGCUCAGAAUGUGAGAAACGGUUUCUAACUUCUUCUGAUCUUCGGACACACCAAAUAGGGCACCAAGACGAGAAACCGUAUAAAUGUGGGGAAUGUGGGAAAGGUUUUCUUGAACGAAGGAAACUUGAGAGUCAUGAGAGAAUCCAUACAGGGGAGAAGCCAUUCAAAUGUGUGGAGUGUGGGAUGUGCUUUUCUGAUAAAUACAACCUUGCAAGGCAUCAGAGGGUCCACACAGGAGAGAAGCCAUACAGAUGUGGAGAAUGUGGAAAAUGUUUUGCUCAAAAGGGAUACCUUUGGGUACAUUAUAAAACCCACACGGGGGAGAAGCCCUUUCAGUGCAAUAAGUGUGGACAAUUUUAUCGUACCCUAACAACCCUUAAAAAACACACAAAACUGCACACGGGGAACAAAAUUUCAAUUGUUUAGAGUGUGGGAGAACAUUUGCUGAUUCAUCUUCCCUUAGAAGCCAAAUCCAUAUAGGAAAGAAGUCCUAGUCAUAUAAUCUUAAAUUUAAGCAUAAUUUUCAAGAAGAACAUCCCCCUAUGGCUGAAAAGAAAAGUUUUCGAUAAGUAUGUGCUAGUCAAAUCAAAUCUUUGUUAACUUAUUUUUGUUUUCAUUUUUGGAUAUAAAGUAUUAUUUCAAAAAUGUUUAAUAACUUCCAAUUUUAUUACUAUUAUUUUGUUAGGGGGAUUUAAGCUAAAUGGAAAGGGGGUUUAUAUACUUACAUCGUUAGCCAUUUUUGUCCAUUGGAUUUGGAUCUUUAUUAUUAUUAUUAUUAUUAUUUUAUUUGAUUUUUAUACCGCCCUUCUCCCGAAGGACUCAGGGCGGUAUACAGGCAUAAUAAAAAACCGGCAAUACAAUAUACAGAUUUAAAAUACGAUUUAAAAAACUUAUUUAAAUUAGCCCAAUGAUUAAAAUUUACCAUACUAAAACCCCGUUUAAAAUUAAUAAAUUUAAGAUUAAAAUCCCGAUUUAAGCCAGCCCCGCGCGGAUAAAAAGGUGAGUCUUGAGUUCGCGACGAAAUGUCCGAAGGUCAGGUAUUUGGCGUAAACCCGGGGGAAGCUCGUUCCAGAGUGUGGGAGCCCCCACAGAGAAGGCCCUUCCCCUGGGGGCCGCCAGCCGACAUUGUUUGGCGGACGGCACCCUGAGAAGUCCCUCUCUGUGGGAGCGUACGGGUCGGUGGGAAGCGUAUGGUAACAGCAGGCGGUCCCGUAAGUACCCAGGUCCUAAGCCAUGGAGCGCUUUAAAGGUCAUAACCAACACCUUAAAGUGCACCCGGAAGGCCACAGGCAGCCAGUGCAGUCUGCGCAGGAGCGGUGUUACAUGGGAGCUACGUGUAGCUCCCUCUAUCACCCGCGCAGCUGCAUUCUGGACUAACUGAAGCCUCCGAGCGCACUUUGGGUACACUUGGGUACACUCUGAGCGCACUUUGUUGAUCAAUAGGAGGGCUGAAGAUUUAAAGAUAAGUUUGUAAAAAAUGGGAUCAGCUAUACAAUGAAGAUGCCCCUGUUCGUAAUUGGAAAGUGAUAAAUCAGGCAUUCAGGAUUAAUUGGAGUGCAAGUAAUUUAGCACAUAUAUCGCAGGUUGGGGGAUGUGUUAACUUUGAAUUACGUAAUAUUCAGUUUCUUCUUUUCUGUGAUAUUUCAUUAUUCAUAUACCAUAUUGCAUUAAAUUGCCCCAUUUUAGGACUUUUCUUCCCACUCUUGUUAAGUGAAACCAUGGCAAUUAAGUUAUUAACACGGUUAAGAGAAGCUGGAGAAGCUGGAUCUGAUAUUUUCACGCACAAUUAACUUUCUCUUUUUCCCUGUCGUCCCCCUGUUAUCGGUUUAUGUGCAAUUGGGUGCUUUGGGUAACAGACCCUCAGUUCAGUGUUACAAUGCCGCAGUGGUUACAAGGCUGUAUUGCAGGGUAACUCUGCCUACAGCCAGGAGUUUGACCCUGACCGGCUCAAGGUUGACUCUGCCUUCCAUCCUUCCCAGGUUGGUUAAAUGAGGACCCGGAUUGUGGGGGGAAAUAUGCUGACUCUGUAAACUGCUUAAAAGAGGGCUGUAAAAGCACUGUGAAGCAGUAUAUAAAUCUAAGUGCUAUUGCUAUCAGAGGAUCCAAACUAGAGAGAGACCGUACCAGCGUUUGGAGUAGUCAAACAAUUCACACCAGGGAGAAACAGUUCAACAGUUUAUAUAUUAUUUUCCAAAUCUGCAUUUAAUUUUUCCUUAUUUUGAUGACAAUGAUUGCUUCAAUGGCCAACUGUCAAGCCUAUGGUUUCCAAACGCUAAACAGGCAUAUAAAAUAAAGUAUACAAAUCAGUGAGGUCCAGAAUUAAAUAUAAAGACCGUGAGGUCCAGAAUUAAAUAUAAAGACCGACUAAUGACAAUAGGUAGAACAAACCUCUUUAGAACUGACAAUGAAUAUAUCAAAGCACUGAGCAGCUUCUGCCUUUUAGGAUCAACCAUCAGGAGUAAAGGAAGUAGCAAUCAAGAAAGAAGCCCCAGUUCAGCACUCGGUAGAGCAGCCUGAAAGGCCUUUGAAAACAUCUUUAAAUGCCACGAUGGGUCUCUACCUACAAUAAUCAGAAUUGUGUAAGCCACGAUCAUCUUCCCUAUGAUAUUCUAUGAACAGAAUAGAGUAGAACAGAACAGAAAAUAAAGUAUAUAAAGAAUAGAGUAGAAUAGAAAGAAUGGAACAUAUCCCGAAUGUAUCCCAAAAUGAGCCCCAUAUGCUGGAAAUGUAAAAAUAAAGAAGAAACAUAUUACCAUUUGUGGUGGUCCUGCCCCGAAUCCCGUAAAUAUUGGUUAAAAAUUAAAGGGUGGCUACAGGAAAUCAUGAAUGAACAAUCAGAUCUAGAACCAGAACUCUUUAUUGGGGAUUUUCCCAAAAAAAAAAUGUGAAGAGUAUAAAAUAUUUAAUACUACACAUAUUAACUGCUGCUAGGAUGUCCUUCGCUCAAUGUUGGAAACAGCCAUGUAUACCUACAGAGAAACUUGUUAUACAAAAGUAUAACUGCGCAGAAAUGGACAAACUGCGCAGAAAUGGACAAACUAACGCUGAGUUUAAAAGAUAAAGAGACAUCCGUAUUUCAUAAUAUAUGGGAACAGUGGUAUAAAUGGAUAGAAAGGAGAUAGACAAGGAUAGUUAGUUGUUAAGUAUAAACAAUAGAUAAACCAAGAACACAAAUAUAUACAAUUUAAUGUUUGUAAUCAUUGCACGGAUUAUUGUUAUAAGAAAAACACCACAAAUAGCUGUUAAGUGAUAUAACCUUUUCUUUUCUUUUUUUCCUAUGUUUUUAAU